UAUGACGCAUCGAAACAGCAGCAAGAAUUGACGCCUAGCUGUCAGGAACAAAAACUACAGCCGCCUGAUGAGCAACCGAUAGCCAUACACUAUUUGGCCAGCUUCCACGAGAUUUGUGUAGUUACGGCCCUGUUGCCCUUGCUAACACUCUUCACAUGCUUUGUGACCGCCUACGUCUUCCAGUACGACGAUGUACACGAGACACAUUGCCGGGUUUAUAACAUAAUACCCUCGAUAAGUGCAAUUACUGGGGUUAGUCCGCAGCGUUAUUUCUGGCGCUUUAGCAUUGCGCUGCAUAUCGGGCCACGCAUACCCAUUGCCUUUGUCUAUAAGAACUAUUAUCGCGCCCAGUUAACUCGCCUGGCGCCGUCGCUGGUGCCAAAGACUAGUUGGCUGAUUACAUUAAUUCUGGUGCUAAACUGUAUUGAGAUUGCGGCGUUAGGCGGUGUGACCUAUAUAUCGAACCGUGAGAACUAUCCUGUUCAUGAGAGAAUCUUCAUUACGUUUAUGGUGUGCUCGCUCUGUUAUAUGUUGGCUACCAUAAAACUGAAUGGCAUAUUAAAUGCACGUCAAACGCUCAAUGCACAGCAGCUUCAAUCCAUCAAAUGGAAGAAAAUACUUUUCGUUACUUCCAUAUUGAGCACCAUUGGUCUCCUGGUCUUUUUUGCCAAACACAGAUUCUAUUGCCAUGAUUUGGCAUUCAGUUGGUUCGCAUUCUUUGAGUACUUGAUUGCUAUUGCAAAUAUGCUGUUCCAUUUCACAAUUAUCUGGGACUUUCCGUCACAGUACAUGCUGAUAGUGCAGGGACCGCGAGAGAAUCUGAUACAGUAUUUAGGCACUAAGCCAAAAAUUAAUUAGUUAUAAAGUCCUAGAUGAUA